AUGGAUCAGAGAAAGUUAUCUCUGGUAGUCUUCGUUGUCAUGUUUGCUUCCUACCAUCCAACGGCAGCAAUUGAAAGCGUAAAUCAAACUCUAUUGAGGUUUAAAAACUACAGAGGCUGCUAUGUCGGCCAUGGUUUUCAUCGUUCAACAUAUUCUUUCACAUCCAUAAAUAGCUGUUACACUCAGUGCAAACCAUCCAACAGUUCAUAUUAUUGCAUGAGAGAUAAAAGAACAUGCGUUUGUAAUACCACUCAUGCAAACAAAGUCGAUACUAAAAAAUGUAAUCAACGUUGUUCUGAUGGCUUUCCUUGUGGAGGGAAUGGAUUCAUUUCUGUAUAUGAAAAAGCCACAAAAACAACACAAACUUUGGCAGUCCCUCUCACCGACAUCUCAACCGUAAAACCAACUACAAUGGUUAAUAUGAACAAGUGUGGCGUGAACAACGGAGGAUGCGGGGAUUCCGUUUGUGUCGAGGUGGCACCUGAUAAUGAGACAGGUGUAGAAGCAAAUGCUGGAGUUAAAUGCUAUCCGCCGGAUAAAGAAGUUAUCAAAGUGCCUGAAAUCAAAGUCCUGUACAGAUAUACUUACAAAGGAUGUUUUGAAAAAAUGCAUGCUAAAAAAGAACUGGCAACUGCUUCAAUAGAAUCAUGUUUUGAUUUUUGUAGUGAAUCAUUCUUAUAUGGAGUGAAGGACCGUAAAUAUUGCGCAUGUGCCAACAAAUUGGAGAACGAGUUCAAACAUUGUCAAACAUGGAAAUUUUUUGCAUUAGAAAAAUCAAACCAAUAUGUUAACGUUGGAUGCUUCAAGUAUUUAGAACUGGAAGAUAAGCAAGACCAGUCCUUGAGCAAAUCUCUUUGCUUGAACAAGUGCAGAGAACUUCGCUACCCAUACAGUGGAACUUCUGUGAGUUACAUAAGUUAA